CUCGCCCGACAAGAUCAAUGGGUUACGCAAUGAAACUCGAACAUCUCGUUUCGUAAGCCGUUUGCUACGUUAUGGAUUUGAGUCUGCCGCACGCUUCGUGCUUUCUCUCUCGCAACGAAGACCGCCAGUUGCACCCUCUCGAGGAGAGACUGAAGCAGACUGCAAGUUCCGAUGCAGAAAAGGAGAUCAGCCGAAUACUGGACGAUGUGGAUCGGUUGAGUGACAAGGAUAAGUUACUGCUGUAUUUAAAGAUGCCAGUCGGAGAGAAGGCACAGAGAAAUUGCUGCUCACUUGACAGUGUGAGCACAACGAAGAUGAACAACGUUCAGAGGUCAAAAGUCGAAGCUCAACAAUGGCUGAGGGCUAACUAUGAAGAGCUGCAGAACUGUUCGGUUGGUCGCCAAGAGGUUUACGAUCAUUACAGGAAAUCGUGUGAGCUUGCCAAUGCUAGAGCUCUGAAUCAGCAAGACUUUGGCAAAGUGGUGAAGCACGUCUUUCGGUCGGUCACCUACAGACGUUUAGGAAAUCGGAGCAAUUCAAAAUAUCUUUUCACAUUACAAUAG